UCCCACUGAGAUUUAUUUUAUAUUAUAUAAAGAUACUGAAAAAAUAAAGUUGCCUUCGCCUAUAUAAGAACCCCUGCACCUCUCCUCUUUCCCUAUCUUCUCCUUUGGGAAAAUGGCUUCUUCUUCCUCUUCUUUUCUAGUUCUAUGGCUGUGUUUCUUAGGCUUGGUCUCCAUGACCACCAUGGCUGCCCCACCGAGGAGACCCAUCAAUGUUCCAUUCCAGAAAAACUAUGUGCCAACAUGGGCUGGUGACCACAUCAAGUACUACAAUGGAGGCAAUGAGAUCCAGCUCUACUUGGACAAAUACACAGGCACUGGGUUUCAGUCCAAGGGCUCCUACUUGUUUGGCCACUUCAGUAUGCAAAUAAAGAUGGUUCCAGGGGAUUCUGCUGGAACUGUCACUGCCUUUUAUCUUUCUUCUCAAAACUCAGAGCAUGAUGAGAUAGACUAUGAGUUCUUGGGCAACAGGACUGGCCAGCCCUACAUCCUCCAGACCAAUGUGUUCAGCGGUGGCAAGGGAGACAGGGAGCAGAGGAUCUACCUUUGGUUUGAUCCAACCAAGGAUUACCACUCCUAUUCUGUGCUCUGGAACUUGUAUCAGAUUGUUUUCUUUGUAGAUGAUAUCCCAAUCAGAGUGUUCAAGAACAGCAAGGACUUAGGGGUGAGGUACCCCUUCAACCAGCCCAUGAAGAUCUACUCCAGCCUGUGGAAUGCUGAUGACUGGGCCACAAGGGGUGGGCUUGAGAAGACUGACUGGUCCAAGGCUCCCUUUGUGGCUGCCUACCGGGGCUUCCACAUCGACGGCUGCGAGGCAUCGACCGAGGCCAAGUUUUGUGCCACCCAGGGGAGGCGAUGGUGGGACCAGAAGGAGUUCCAGGAUCUGGAUGGCUACCAAUACCGGAGACUGAGGUGGGUGCGCCAGAAAUACACCAUCUACAACUACUGCACCGACCGGUCGAGGUCCUCGACCAUGCCACCUGAGUGCAGGAGGGAUAGAGAUGUGUGAGUUGAGAGAUGAUCAGGCCACCUUUGGGAGCUUGGCAUGCAUAAAUUUGAAGUGGUUCAGAUCUUGUUAUCUACAUUUGUAUUAGUUACUUGGUUGACAUGGUCUCUUUGUGUGCCUGAUACUGUGUGUUUCUGGGAAUUAUUAUUCUUUGAUGAGCAUCUGCUACAUGGAGACUGAGUAUAUAAUGUUGGUGUUUUAUGUGGUUUAAUAU